AUGAGGGGGCACAACCAAAGCCUCCCCGAGCGUCCCCCUGAGAACUUCGUCCUCCUGGGCGUCUCUGACCGCCCCUGGCUGGAGCUGCCCCUCUUCGUGGUGCUUCUGGUGUCCUACGUCCUGGCCAUGCUGGGGAACAUCUCCAUCAUCCUGGUGUCGCAGCUGGACCCCCGCCUCAGCAGCCCCAUGUAUGUCUUCCUCCGCCACCUGUCCUUCCUGGACCUCUGUUACACCACCACAACGGUGCCACAGAUGCUGGUCAACAUGGGCACGGCCUGUAAGACCAUCAGCUUUGGGGGCUGCUCGGUGCAGUACACUGUCUUCCACUGGCUGGGCUGCACGGAGUGCGUGGUGCUGGCUGCCAUGGCCCUGGACCGCUACGUGGCCAUCUGCCGGCCACUGCGCUACACCUUGAUCAUGCACUGUGCGCUCUGCCGGCGCCUGGUGGCCCUGGCCUGGCUCAGUGGCCUCGGCAACUCCCUGGUGCAGGUGGCACUGACCGUGCAGCUGCCCUACUGUGGGCAGCGUGUGCUGAACAACUUCUUCUGUGAGGUGCCGGCCAUGAUCAAGUUGUCGUGCGCUGACACGGCCGCGAAUGAUGCCACACUGGCAGUGCUGGUAGCCUUCUUCGUGCUGGUGCCCCUGGCCUUCAUCCUGCUGUCCUAUGGACUCAUCGCCCGCUCUGUGCUCAGGAUCCGGGCCCCCUCAGGCCGGCACAAGGCCCUGGGGACCUGCUCAUCCCACCUGGCUGUCGUGUCCCUCUUCUACCUACCCGCCAUCUACAUGUACCUGCAGCCGCCCUCCCGCUACUCGCAGGAGCAGGGCAAGUUUGUCGCCCUCUUCUACGCCAUCAUCACCCCCAUGCUGAAACCCUUCAUCUACACGCUGAGGAACAAGGAUGUGAAGGGCGCCCUCCAGAGGCUCCUGGCACGGACCUGUGGGCUGUGCGGGCGUGGCUGUCCCCGCUGUGGCCCUCGUCAGCCGCGGAGAGCACGGGUGCGCACCAGGGAGUCCAUGGCCACACAGUAA